CAUCGCAUAGUGCAGCCGACCGCGCGCGUUACUAGUACCAUACAACCAUACUACAAUUGACCGUACUUAAUCAAUAUUAUAUUGUGAAAAAAAUUAAAAACUUAAGUCGUUUGGAUUAUGAAAUAUUAAGAAAUGUGUGUAAAAAGGAAUUCCAUGUAAAUUGUGAAACUUUUUUAAUUUGGAACAACUAUUUAUAUAAAAAUUGGGGCACAGGUGGCACGAGGUACAUUAACUUUUGUUUAAAGACAAAGGUAAAAACAAAGGGUAAUUAUACAGUAUAGUGCAAAGAUUUCUCGUAGUGUACGCGAUAUUCAACGUAGAAGAAAUUACUUCUGCGAUUAUACUACGGGAGGUUUAAAAGACUGGCUAUCUUAAGAAGAAGAUGACUCAAUAUUAUACCUCCUUCACCUUAGCCACCUUUAUAAUCGUCGUUGCUGUCGCACCUCUUCUAGUCACUUCGCAACCACCCUUAGCUGAUGAAUCUAUUGGAAAAGAUCGUGCCCUACGAGUAUCCUUAUUAAAAGCAGGAAAAAAUGUUGCGACUAAACCGAAAUGGGGAUUCUUCGGUACAGUAUUUAACCUUAUUCUGGAGCAAAUUAACGACACAAAAAGCGCGUAUGGACAAAUAUCGGAAUUAGUCAGCAACCAAUUUGUAGAUGAUAAUGCUGUUGUGACAAUGACGCCUGAGACACCAAAUGGUACAACUGCAACACCGAAAAUUACAAGAUCGGAGUUUUUAAAAAUUCUUGAUCGUAAUCUCAAAGGUUUAGCACGACUUCGUAAUUUAGAAUGGCGUGAAUCGAGAAAGGAUUCUUGGUCCAACGUGCAAGGAUACUGGAGCGAACUUUUUGGAGGGAAAAAGACAAGAAGUGUUGGAUAAUGCAUAGAUUUUAUAUGCAGUGAAAAGUGUAAAACUAGAUAAUUAAACUUCAAUGUUCUUCGAGUUCCAAAUAUACGUAAUCGUAUAACAUAAACUGUCAAUCAAUUGUUAGGUGUGGUGACGGAAAGCAAAAAAUUUGUUAUUUAAAUAAAUUUAUUUUUAAGAUUAUUUAAAUAGAAAAAAGUGCUUAGUUUUAUUAACAUAGGUGUAAAAAUAAGAUUGCAAUUUUUAAACUAAAUGUCGUUGCGCGAAUCUAUUAAUUUGUUAAGUAGGUAAUUUAGAAAUUAAAUGUUGUAAGUAUUAUACCUUUAAAUCGUGCCACCCAAGACUGUUAAUAUUCAGUCAAGAAUAUUUUAAUAUGAAAUAAUGUUAUUAAAAUUGAACCUCCAUCGUCUUCUUUUUGUGUUCACCCACAACAUUAAACUAGUCUGUAUGUUUUUUUUAUUAUGACUCGAGUAAAAUUACCAAAAAAAUCCUAUUUGCACAUAUAUGUAUAUUGAGUUUGCUGAACGUGUUAUCAGAUUCAAUAGUUAUCAUUUUAGCGUUAGCAUUCUUGCAACAUUCCAUUCGGUCAUGAUUUGUACAGAAAUUAUUUUUAAUUCUUUUUUAUACAUGUUAAGGCCUAAAUAUUAAUAAAUAUUGUAUGUAUAUACUUAUGUAUAUACAAAUAAUUAUCUUUCUUCAAAUUAUAAAAAAAAAAAUCAAACUUUUUGUAACAACUACUUGGAAUGGAUUUCAAUUAGUCCUCUCUCAGUCGCAGAAAGUUAAUGGUUCAUGGCCCUUUCGACAAUUAAAGUUAAGCAUUAAUUAAAUAGCAAAACAAUCACUUAACAUUUUACUAAUUGAUUUCAAAUUUUUAUAAUGUAUAUGUGCCAGUCUAUUGGUGUCGUAGGUGUUUCCCUCAUUUAAUAUUUGAACUUUGCCCGCAUUUUUAAUGUAGGAGUGUGAUAACUUAAUUAUUUAGAUAAUCUUUUUUAUUAUUUCCUUACAUUACAUUAGACAUACAUUAGCAGCCCGUAAAUGUCCCACUGCUAGGA